AUGAGACUGUUAUUGAUUGUGGCCGCCUUGAUCCCUUUCGCUUAUCUUCAGGAGCCUGGGAGGCAAGUCCAGCGAGAUGGAACCGGAUUUGUGGAUCGAUUAGGGGAAAACGAGGUCGGUGACCCCAUUGCGAUAGGCAUAGCCCCCGCGAAACGGAAGACACUUUAUCCACUCAAUAAACCAAAUAACCCGAAACCGAAACCGAAACCGAAACCGAAACCGCAACCGAAACCGAGUAUUAUACUGAGUGACCAGGGGGGUGGAUACAUUCAACAUCCAAAAAAAGAGAAUCCGACUUUAACGUUGUACUCUGCAGCAGACGGGUACUACAGCGAGAUGUUUAAUUAG